AUGAGUCACGCCUACACCCAAGAGCUCCACCUAGCUUGCCUCGCCGUCCAGCGCGCCGCAAUUCUAACGAAACAAUUGCUAUAUGAGGUUGACAAGGGCUCCCUAAGCAAAAGCGACGCAUCUCCCGUGACGAUAGCCGAUUUUGCCGCCCAAGCCUCCAUCAUCGCCGCGAUCCACCACACGUUCCCGGACGAUGACAUCGUCGGCGAAGAAGACGCUACGGCCCUCCGCGAGGACCCCGCCCUCCUAGAGCGAACAUGGGAACUUGCCACAUCUGUUCACCUUGACGACGAAGCCAGCGAAGCUCUUCUACAUACCCCACAAUCUCGGGAAGAACUUCUCGAUCUAAUUGAUCUCGGAGCCCGCGGCGAGUGCAGGCACGGCCGCCGGGCGUGGACACUGGACCCCGUAGACGGCACGGCCACAUACAUUCGCGGACAACAAUAUGCAGUCUGUCUUUCCCUUGUGGAAGAUGGGAAACAGAAGCUCGGUGUUAUCGGAUGCCCAAAUCUUCAUCUCGGCACUGGGCGCGUCGCCGAGGACCUGGUGGAUCGGGACGGCUACGGCCAACUUUUAACUGCGAUCGCUGGGCAAGGAGCCUUCAUCCAACCACUUGGCACAGGCUAUUUACUACCUGGGAAACAGUUGGAACCUGUACCACAAAUUACAAAGACCAGUGAGGUACGACUAGUUGAUACACACGAAGCGAGUUCCCAACGGCUUGAUACACACGAGAAAAUCGCAGCGAAUCUAAGCUGCGCGUGGCCGAACUCUGUGGAUCUCUGGUCAGCUCAAAUGCGGUACAUUGCUAUCGCGGUACAGGGAGGGUGUAACUCUUUCAUCAAGGUGCCACGGAAAGCGACGUACCGAUCGAAGAUCUGGGACCAUUCUGGUGGGAUGUUGCUUGCGCAGGAGCUUGGGUGCGUGGUGUCAGAUCUAGAGGGUCGCCCAGUGGAUUGCGGCUUGGGUCGGACUUUAGCUGGAUGUCACGGCAUGGUCGUGGCGCCUGCGUCCAUUCAUGGACAGAUCCUCGAGGCUGUUCGGGUUGUACGACAGCAACUUGAAGUUGUUGAGUAA